AUGUAUUCAGGAUUUGAAAACUUUUCCGAAGCUUACAAUGAUGAAAUUGAAUCAUUUUUAUUACAGCACUCCGACGAAAAUGAUUCACAAGUAAAGAAUCGAGCAAUGCUGGAACGUCGAUUAUGUGAAAACAUAUGGUUAAUCUAUUCAACUUCUUUGUUAAAAUUGGUUUUGUCCACCGUUCAAGAAAUAGAAAUUCCAUUGAAUAUUAGCGAUCGUGUUCAACGAAAUAGUUUUUUUAUUAGUCAAUUAAAUUGUCUAGAACAUGAUUUUACUUCGUUCUGGUCGAGUCAUUCGUCCAACUUUAGUUGUGGUAGUCAAUGUUGUAAAGCUCUUGUAAUAGAUGACUUUUAA